UAAAGAUAGGUCUCAGCAAACAGGAAAAAAUUGCUAGUUGACGUGAUUAAUGAGCAGAUGGUUUGGAUUUAACGUAUGGUCAUCCAAGCUAAAGCCCAUUUUAUUAGUCAGGGUUGCAGAAGAAUAUGUACAUUACCAAACAUAAUUUCCGAUGUUUUCCAUCAGUCGUAACCUUAAUUAAUUCAGAAGUCCAUGUAUAAUACUUGUCCGGCCAACCGUCGGAAGUUUCUAGGAAUUUUCCGAAGACCAUCAAGUGUCAUCUUUGAUGGGUAAGUCCGGAGGCCAUCGAUGGCGGAGAACUCUGAUUCUGGAAUGAAAUAGUGAGGUUAUAUUGAUUUCAGACUUUGAGUAGAAUCCCAAUUAACCAUCCUAGAGCAACACAAAUAUUUGUGUCCAGCCUGAUAGAUUUCGCUUCUUUUGCUGCCUUAUACUGUGUUUUCCAAUUUUUUUUUUCUAACAUUAAUACUAGCUACAUGAUUCUUUACAAUUCUCAAUUCUUUUUGAACUUCCGUUUUUGUGUCUUUGAUGCAUUGUUUUAGUAUAUGUGAAUACCUUUCCACAUGGAUGGGUACUAUGGAAAUUCUUAAAAGAGUAUCCAGAUGGAGAUUUGUCGUAUUUAGCGAUGUUCUUAUUUGUUUUACCUUUAUUUAGAGAGAGAAGAGAAAGAUUGAGAUCAAGAUUGUAUGAAGAGGAACGAGAAGAACAGGUAAAAAUGGAAAAAGCAGAAGAGUGAUACAGAUGGUGAUAAGUGGAAAUGAAGCAGUAAAGGGGCAGACAAAGAAAGAGUUCUUGCCUCUUUGGUAGACGUGGUAAGUAGACAAAGUUGGAGUAAAUGAAGUGUGUAGUUUGAGUAAUUUGGUGCUGUAGAAGUGUCUGAAAAAGAAAAAGAAGUAGAAGAUCGGAAAGAACAAAAGGUUCUCAGAUUUUGGGGGAGUACAGACCUUGUAAUUAUAUAUGGCGUUGGAGUUAAUCGCAGGUUCAGUAUUUGCAGUGCUGUAUGAUCGUGUUUCGCGAGCUAUGGAAAGGAAAUCAGAGUUCAGAUACCUCCUCACACAUAUGAAACGCACCCUAGAGUCUUUAACAGGACAGGCCAGAUUCAUUCAAGAGAUACGGGAGUUUAAUGAUGAACUGAGUCUCCCGAACCAUGACAUAGCUGAUCUUGAAACACAAAUGAUCGAAGGUGCACAACUCGUUGGCAGGUUGUCCAGUUUUCGUAUGUACAACUAUUGCUGCAUGGAUGGUUGUGACGACCAACUUUAUGAAUUGAAUAGGUCUCUUGAUAGACUUUUAGACAACUUGCAGCUGCAGCAAGCAAGGGAUGUGAAGGAGAUCUUGAAAUUGUCUAGGCAUUUGAAACAAAACAUGAUGCACAGAAGAUCAAUCACAGAAUCACAUAACAUGACACCUGCACAAGAACUAAACCAUUUAUGCAGCACACCAGAAGCUUUCCUAGUCGGAUCAGGAAUAACCACCUGGAUUCACACUUUCAAUACCAGCAGCCACAGCUUGUCCAAUAGCAUUCAUCGAGGCAAACAUCUUCAAUGAUCAGAAACGAGCAGCUGCACAAUGGAAGAAAGUCUUCUAUGCUUCAACACUUUAUGCUUCAGAAUGGGGCUGAGAAUGUAUGCAAUAGGCAGUGUUGAACAUAGGGACUUUCUCUUCCUUUUAUAUUGGCCAAAACUUUAUCCUCGGACUCAUCCCAUAAGGAGUCCUGAUUCUACUUCAUAUUUAUCACGAGACUUAAGCUUUAUCACAAAACUUUAUGUUAAUCAGGUUAUUAACAAUGAGAGUCCUACUUCUAUUAAGAGAUAUACAUCUCAAUAGAUUAACUGGUAUUAGAAUUACAAUUAUAUAUUUCUUGUUAUUUAUUUAGUUAAAUCAAUUGUUUCAUUUACUUAAUGCAAUUAGAUAAUGUUAAGUCCACUUUAUUCUAACAAAAACCGCGACGAUCGUGAUGAAAUGAAGGGUAUGUUGAAGAUGAUACUGCAGCAGAUCAAUGAUCCCGAAAUGAAGGGCCUAGUGAAGAAGUUACUGGAGCAGAAUCCAGGGGAUUCAAUAGAGACCUCAAGUUCCGCUUCAGGAAGUAAUACAGAAAGAGAAGGGAAUAACGAGACACAAGUGGAAUCACUAGGACUAUUAGAGGCAGCAUUUCGGGUUCUAUACAUGUGAAGGACAAGUCGACUUUGAUGCCUGGACUAAUUAUCGGACAUCUCAAAUCCACACUAGACUGCUUAAAGCCAUUGGUAGAAGAUAUAGCACAGCACAACAACAAGGCACUGGAUUGCCCACAGAAGGAACUAGAAACUUUUCGAAUGCAAAUGAAGAAUGGUGUAGAGCUAGUUCGCAAGUGCUCAAAGUUUAAUGAAUGGACCAGCAACGAAACUUACAAAUAUACCAGCCAACUUUUUGAAUUGGAUGAGUAUCUUCAAAGGCAGUUGAGUGUACUAAUGCUGCAGGUAGCGAGUGAUGUGAAGGAGACCUCGGUUAUGCUAAAGAAUGUACGAAAGGUGGUGGAGAGAAUAGAAGGGAUAAGUGGUGUGGCUAAAAAUCAACAACUUGCAUUGAAUGUAGUGGAAGUGGAUGAAACAAGGGAUGUGAGGGAGACGACAUUGGUUUCAGCAAGUAAUGUAGAGGCAGAGUUGACUCUAGUGGAUGGCGAGGAUGAUGAGAUACCUGGACCGCCAUCAUUUACAGUUGGAUUGGAGGAUCCUCUGGAGGAAUUGAUGAGGAUGUCUGGUCAGAAACCAAGAAAGAAGGAAAACUCAAAGAUGAAGCUUCUUAAGGAUGGAGUGGCAAUGCUUGACCCGACAGGGCCCUAUAAGAGGAUGAGGGCCAGGGCCAUGGCCAGGGAAAGGAACCCAAUCAUGUUAGGCGCAUUGAGGGAGUUCAGUUACAGGGAUCUGAAGGAAGCUACCAACAACUUUGACUUCAAGCACAUAAUAAGUCGAGGUGAAUGUGUGGUUUACAGAGGAUUGCUGUCGAAGGACAAUCUUGAAGUGGCAGUGAAGAAGUACUCCAGGGCAGAGAGCGAGGGUAAAGACGAUUUGUUGGCUCAGGUCACCAAUAUUAACCUGCUCCACCACAAACAUAUUGUCAGAUUGCCCGGUGAGUUAUUAGUAAUCAUCACUGCUAUCAUAUUGUCAGAUUGCUCGGUGAGUUAUUAUUCCUUUUUGGUAAUGCUCAACGAGUUUUAAAGUUUAUGAAUCAUGCACAUGCACAUGCACAUUCAUGUUCAAAUCAAUUGGGAAUAUCUUUAUCACUAUGAUUUGGGCCACCUUUAAGAGUUGAUGCCCGAGAAGCGAUUUACUAAACUAUGCUACGUACUCUUACAUAAUCUUCACUAGUAAAGUUUGCUAUCUAUCGUUGGUUAGCAUUGGUUGUUUUUUUCUCCAAUUGGUUUUCGUUAUGCCUUAAUGUUAUUCCUGCGAUUUUCUGUUUCUGUUUUGUUUUUUUGUUUGUCCUAUCCUAGUUGUGCUAUAAGUCCCAAAUUUGUAAAGCCAAAUAACUUUUACAAAGGUAAGUACAAUACUUCAGAGUUCAGACGGACAAGAUU